AUGUCUGACAUAGAAUUCACUGAUAAUCAGGACAAUUCUUCAAAUGAUUUAUCCGAAGCUGAGGUAAGUAUAUUUAUUGAUCAAAAUGAGUCAAAGACUCGAAGUUCUGCUUCUUUGAAAUUAUCAGAAGCUUCGGUAAAUGCAUUUACUAAAAAAAUUAAGUCUCGAGUCUCUGAUUUUUCUAUUUUUGCUAAUUCAGAAACUGAG